AAAAAGAAUGGAUACAUAUUUGUACAAUUUUUAUACAUUAAAGGCACAUACCCUUUCGUUACUUCGUCAAAUUGUAGCAUAGGUGGAGUAUGUACUGGUUUAGGAAUUCCUCCUCAAACAAUAUCACAAACACUCGGAGUUAUUAAAGCUUACACAACUAGAGUCGGUGCAGGCCCAUUUCCUACAGAAUUAUAUGAUGAUAUUGGCUUUCAUUUGCGUGAAAAGGGAGGAGAAUAUGGGUCUACAACUAAACGGCCAAGAAGAUGCGGUUGGUUGGAUUUGGUUGUUGUUAAAUAUACUCAUAUGAUCAACUAUUAUACUGCAUUGGUGUUAACAAAAUUAGAUAUAUUAGAUGGAUUUAAACAAAUUAAAAUUGGGUACGAAUACCAUUUGAAUGGUCAAGUCUUACAGUCAUUCCCAGCCGAUCUAGAUAAGUUGUCCAAAGUUGAGGUCAAAUACCUGACGCUUCCUGGUUGGAUGUGUUCAACAUCUAAUUGUAGAAAAUAUUUCGAUCUUCCUAAAGAAGCUCAAGAAUAUAUUCAAAAAAUCGAAGAGCUAACAAACGUACCUGUCAGAUGGAUUGGCGUUGGACAAGAACGUUCUUGUAUUAUCGAAAGAACCUAAUUUCGCGACUUCUUUUUUUUUAAAUUUUACCAUUAAAUUAGCCAAAAAUAAAGAAAUAAUUAUAAUUUAUACAUGGAAAUUUUAGCUAUUGCAAAUUAUUUGAUUAUAAUAUGACAGUCUAGAUCAAUUCGUGCAUAAUGAAACUUA